AUGUCCCUACAUCCUCAGAAAAACGCUUUUGCCCCCCCAGUGCUUGCCGAAUGGCUCCUUUCAAAGGACCAUUUCUUGAGGUUUCUGAACGAGGCGCUGCUGCUGGCUGGAGAUGGGAAGGAAGGGAAGCCUGGGAGGACCGGAAUCGAAGUCCAAGUGGUAAUGCUUCAGGAAUCCCAGUUUUAUUAUGAGACUAGUAGCCAGCAGUUCUGUUAUAAGAACACCCUUGUUCCAAGGUGGCAUGAAUUAUGGACCCGAGUGAUGAUCCGGGUGAACAGUUCCAGGGUAGUGAGAGUCACCCAAGUGGAAAAUGAAGAAAAACUGAAGGAGCUCGAGCAGUUCAGCCUUUGGAACUUGUUCUCCUCCUUCCUGAAGGAGAAGCUGAACGACACCUACGUCAACGUGGACCUCUACAGCACCAAGGUCUGCCUCAAGGUGGAGGUCCUGGAAAAAGACACACAGUACAGCAUCAGUCUGGCCCGAAGAUUUGACCCCAAACUCUUCCUAGUUUUCCUCCUUGGACUUUUGCUUUUCUUUUGUGGGGACUUAUUAAGCAGAAGUCAGAUUUUCUACUACUCCACUGGGAUGAGCCUGGGGAUUUUGGCCUCUCUGCUCAUUGCAAUUUUCCUGAUGUCCAGGUUCAUGCCCAAGAAAAGUCCCAUCUACAUCAUCCUCGUUGGAGGCUGGUCCUUUUCCCUGUACCUCAUACAGCUGGCUUUAAAGAACUUACAAACCAUCUGCAGGUUUUACUGGCACUACCUUCUGAGUUACGUGCUCGUCGUGGGCUUCGUGAGCUUCGGCGUGUGCUACAAGUACGGCCCGCUGGAGAACGAGCGCAGCAUCAACCUGCUCACGUGGGGCCUGCAGCUGACGGGGCUGCUGCUCAUGUACUCGGGCGUCCAGAUCCGGCAGAUCGCCUGCGCGCUCAUCCUCCUCGCCGUCUGCACCAAGAACCUCGAGUACCCCGUCCAGUGGCUCUACAGCACCUACAGAAAGGUGCGUAAGGUGGCGGAAAAGCCGACCCCCCCUCGCCUCCUGACGGAAGAAGAGUACCGGAUCCAGGGGGAGGUGGAGACCCGCAAGGCCCUCGAGGAGCUCCGAGGCUACUGCACCAGCCCCGAGUUUUCUGCGUGGAAGGCCGUGUCUCGGAUCCAGUCUCCCAAAAGGUUUGCCGACUUCGUGGAAGGAUCUUCUCACCUCACACCGAGCGAAGUUUCCGUCCACGAGCAGGAGUACGGCCUCGGGAGCAGUUUUGCGGAGGACGAAAUCUUUGCGGACGUGUCCUUUGAGGAGGACGAGGAGGAGGACAUGGUGUGCCGCUCGCUCGUGCAGAACCAUUUAGUGUCUUAGGGGCCGCCUGGGUCUUCUCACACAGACUGAACCCUUCCAGAGCCCUCGCACCCGGCGCGUGUGUCCGAGGGUCUCCUGAGGCCAGCCCGAGAAGCCGCAGAGACGCCUCUUCGGAGAGCCCGAUGGGCCUCUUUCUGAACGCUGCCGGGGUGUGAGGACACGGGAAGCUGGGCCGUGUGGGCCGACCGAAGCACAUGGGCGCGCCGCGCUCCUCACGCGAAUGCUUUCCUGGCCCGGCAUCUGGUUGGGGCCCCUCGCGGCGCCCUCGUGGGUGGUUGGCCGGAGCCCCGCUGGUCAGCGCGAGUGCACAAAUGUCUUAGAGAGGCCGGGCAGAGCUUCCCCUUCUCUGGGGCUUCCCGUGUCCCUGCUUUGGUUCCGAUGGCUUCACGAUGACGUUUUAUUGGGCCUUUGGAGGAGAACUUGCAUUGCUCCCUCUUGAUCUUUGACUGAACUACUUUACAAUUAAAUACGUUCCUGCUUCCACGUGGCCAGAAUCCUUGGAUCACACUGUUGUCCUUGUCAGCCAUUUUAGUCUCAAGAGUGAGAGGUUCUGCUCAUAAGACUUUCGGGGCUCCUUGUGGAACGCGGCACGUCAGCGAAUAGUGCCCCCAUUUCACUCCCUCCACUUGUUCCCCGUUCCGGGAGUGGCUCCUGCUUUACCCUUGAAGUGCUCACAGCUCAGUCUGGUUGGUUUUUUCCCAGAAAAGCCACUUGGCUUCGUCUGGGCCGGUUGGAGUGGGAUCAUUGGUGUCAUUUUGUUCUGAAAACUUGCAUCCUUUUCCCCCACAAAUUCCCCCUGUAUGCACUCAGGGACCCCCCUGCCUUGGAGUGGCCAGAGAAACCAGGCAGUGUGUCUGUCCCCUCUUCCUCUUUCUGUCUAGUUCCCUCCUCUGCACCCCGUUAAUCCAGGGGGCCAGUGGGAGAGGCAUCCUAGGAUAUGGUCUUCUCAGAGCAGGAUUUUUCUGCCGUGUGCCUCUGAGAUGGGGACAUGGGGAUGAGGAAGUAGUUUUAGGGCUCCCAGGAAAAGCUUCCGGAUCGUUAUUCAGCUGCCUGGCGUUGAAGGGAGCAGCCCAUUCAGCUUUGGGGUGUCCCCUCAUUGCCCUCGAAGGAAUGGAGGCGUUUCAGGGAUCCUCGCUCGUGCCUGUGUGUGGCUCCAGCUGGUCACUGGCCAGUUGGGGGCUGCCCUUCCCCCCCCCCCCCAGCAAUGGGUUCAGAGAAAAGCCUUCCAUCCUGAGUCGGGGGGCCAAGCUGCCAAGUGCCUUUUUCUUGUCCGACUUGCCUUGAUUUCCUUCAGGAGCCUCUUGAAAGUGCCCUUCGCUUAGAGAAGAGAAUUGGUCAGAACAGCUUCCUGAGGUGGCAGCUUCCCAGAGCCCCCCCAUCCCACUGGGAGCAGGAGAAAGCCCUGGAGACGCCCCCCCAAACGGCCUCUUGGCAUGGACUCUGAAAUCCUUCUGAGACUGCCCUCUGGGCGGGCAGCAGUGGGGAAACAAGCGGUGGAGGAGCGCUGUGGCCGGCGGCACCCCCAAACUCGGAAGAACCCCCAGGUGUCCUCAGUAAUCCCAGGCUGGGCGGUCAUCCCCGGGCAAGGGAAGGGGGCAACCCCCCAAACCCCCCAGAAGAUGCGAGUGCUUGUUGGAUAGGAAGGGGAGACGGGUGUGAGAGGGGCAUUUCUGGGGGGCCCUUCCAGCCCUGCCUGAGGGCUGCUUCUCUGGGAGAGAGAGAGGAACGGGGUGCUCCCUUUUUCCUACAGACAUGUUAGACAGCUCCUUUGGGGGCCCUGCGUGGGCCCCAUAGAUGUGUCCGCUCCUAAACAAAGCUCCCUUUUGGAGUUGGUGUUCGGUAGAGGAGACUGAGGAGACCCGUCGGCGCGCUGUGCCCGAGCCGGGCGAGGGACUCCCUCCAGAAAGGUGCUCCUGGCAGGGAAGUGGGGGGGGCACGACCGCGUCUGACCGCUGAAGCCCCAGACAGACCUCGAGCUCCUGUGUGUGGCCAGGCCCGGCUCAGGCUCCUCCUCGGGUUCCCCCAGCUGCUGCGGCCCGGGCUGAAGAGACAGCUGGGCGCCUGCCUCCGGCUUCCAGACGGCUUUCAUCCAGGAGGAUGGAGGGGACGGCUAGAGAGCGGCCCAACAGCGGAGCUGCGUGGGGAAGAGGCCUGGCCGCUGCCAUCGCCGUGGGACCCCUUCCCCAACCUCAUCAGGACCCCCGGCCGCCGCUUUAAUCCCACCAAAAAAAUGUCCAAUCUCCAGCCAGAUCCUUCCCUGUAUCCUUAGCACCACCAAUGACCCUUUGGAUUGAUCCCAGGCCCCCACCCCAC